AUGGCUGAACGGGUGCUGGUUGUUGGCGGAGGAGGGCGGGAGCACGCUCUGGCGUGGAAGUUGGCCCAGUCGCCGCACAUCCAGCAAGUCCUGGUGGCGCCGGGGAAUGCUGGGACGGUGAACUCUGGCAAAAUCAGCAACUCUGAGGUGUCUGUGAAUAACCAUGCCAUAUUGGCUCAGUUUUGUAAGGACCAUCACGUGGGGCUGGUGGUGGUUGGGCCUGAGGUUCCUCUUGCUGCGGGCAUCGUGGAUGACUUAAUGGUGGCUGGAGUCCAGUGUUUCGGCCCAUCCGCGAAAGCCGCCCAGUUGGAGGCCAGCAAGAGCUUCUCCAAGGCCUUCAUGGAGCGUCAUGGCAUUCCCACUGCACGUUACGGUUCCUUCACUGACCCUGAGGAGGCUUGCAACUAUAUCCGCACGGCUAAGUUUCCAGCUCUAGUUGUGAAGGCCAGUGGGUUGGCAGCAGGGAAGGGAGUUAUUGUGGCACAGGACCAGGAGGAGGCCUGCCGGGCUGUGGUAGACAUCAUGAAGGACCGAGCGUUUGGGUCUGCAGGUGAAACAGUGGUUGUGGAAGAGCUUCUAGAAGGAGAAGAAGUAUCUUGUCUGUGCUUCAGCGAUGGCUCUUCAGUGUCGCUGAUGCCUCCAGCGCAGGAUCAUAAACGUCUGCAAGAUGGCGAUCGUGGGCCAAACACGGGUGGCAUGGGAGCUUACUGUCCCACUCCUCAGGUGAGUGAAGAGCUCCUGGUGCAGAUCCGAGAAUCUGUGCUUCAGAAAACAGUGGACGGAAUGAAGCAAGAAGGGACACCUUUCGUGGGAGUUUUGUAUGCUGGGCUGAUGCUAACCCAGCAGGGAAUCAAAGUUCUGGAGUUUAACUGUCGCUUCGGAGACCCGGAGUGUCAGGUUUUGCUUCCCUUGCUAAAGAGCGACUUGUAUGAAGUCAUCUUGAACACCAUGAAAGGCAAACUGGCAUCAAAUGCCCCUGAGUGGCAUCAGGACAAAUCUGCAGUCACGGUGGUGAUGGCAAGUGCUGGCUAUCCUGGUGAAUACAGCAAAGGAGUUACCCUGACUGGUCUGUCCCAGGUUGAGGACAUGGGGAUUCAGGUAUUCCAUGCAGGGACAGUGUUGAAGGACAAACAAGUAGUCUCCAGCGGCGGACGUGUCCUGACAGUGACGGCGGUCAGGCCGUCUCUGGAGGCUGCUCUGCAGGCGGCCAAUCAAGGUGUGGUGGCUGUGGGCUUCCCUGGUGCAGUGUAUCGCCAGGAUAUUGGCCAUAAGGCCAUUGCCCAUUUGAAGCAAAGCAGAGGUCUGACCUAUAAGGACAGCGGUGUGGACAUUGCUGCAGGCAACAAACUUGUCGACAUGAUCAAGCCACUAGCACGGGCAACAUCCCGUCCGGGAUGUAAUGCAGAGCUGGGAGGAUUUGCUGGACUGUUUGACCUUAAAGCUGCAGGAUUUGUUGACCCGAUCCUGGUGUCCGGAACUGAUGGAGUUGGGACUAAACUUAAGAUUGCCCAGGCAUGUGGACAACAUGGUGGCCUCGGUCAGGACCUGGUGGCAAUGUGUGUGAACGAUGUGCUGGCUCAGGGGGCUGAGCCACUCUUCUUUCUCGACUACUUCUCAUGUGGCGUCUUGGAUGUGGAUGUCACUGCCACAGUGGUCGCGAGUAUCGCCAAAGCAUGUGAAAUGGCUGGCUGUGCUCUACUUGGUAAGUGA